ACUGAGAAUCCGACGAUCAGUCCGAGAUAUCUGGUCGAUAAUCUAAAGAUAAGCAGUAAUGGAUCACUUUAUUACACUAGUCGAGAAUGUUCAAAAACAUUAAACACCCAUUAUAAUCAUUAAGAAAAAACGUGUAUAAUAGUGCAUCCGCCUAAACGUCUUAUUAUUUUUCUUUUUGAUGAAGUGAGGUUAUGUGCUACAAGUAUGACGGCACACAAGGUCCACUGAACCGGAUGCACGGAAAUGUCAUCAACCGUCAUUCGAGUUUCCUCACUCGUACAAUUCUUCGUGGGUGGUGUUUGCUGUUAUUGUCGAUGAUUGUCACGAUAAACUUUCGUCUCGUUUCUUAUUCAUUCCUUGCUAAAAAAUGAAGACCGAAAAUUCACAAAGGCUACCACGAUAAAUAUUUUUUGCUUUCCUGAAAAAAAGAGAAAAAGUGAGUGAGUGAACAGAAUCUGUCAAGUAGUGCGGGGCGGGUAGGGCCUCGGGUAAGGUUUGAUAAGAUAAUGUACAGAGAACAGUUAUCGUACUACCAGAUAAACCGAUGAAACAUAACCUUGGAGCUUCAACUAUUUUCAUCCCGAAAAUAUGAAGUCCACAGGAACUAAAGAAAAUCGAGGUUCCGUCCUCCUGAAUCGUGAUGAAAAUGACAUCAUUUUUAAACUUAUUGGUAACCGUUGUCAGUGUCUUGCGGCAGGAGUGAUACAGUUAUACUUGACGCAAUCACCGUCGCAUAAAGAGUGGAUAAAGAGAAACGCAGGUGUAAUAACUCUGAUAAGAGAUAAUCCUAGGAGAAGUUUUUUCCUUCGAUUGUAUUGUUUGCAAAGGAACGCCAUGCUUUGGGAACAUGAAGUUUACAAUUCCAUGGAAUACAAUGCUCCUAUGCCAUAUUUCCAUACUUUUGAAGGUGAAGACAGUAUGGUUGCAUUUAAUUUUGCUGAUGAAACAGAAGCAAUCAUUUUGAGGAAUGCACUUUUGGCAAAGCUCAAUACCAAUCGUCAAAGACGUCAAGAACGAAGUUCAAGAAUGGAGACAGAAUCACAAAAUCGUGUGGUUACUUUGCCUCGCAAGAGUCCAAGUAGCUCCUCGACUUUUGGCUUCACAUCUGCCACGAAUAUCAAUAUGCUGAAUGGUUCUCCUUCCGGUAUUGGCGUUAAUCGUAGUGUAUCGAGCAGCUCAAUGUACAAAACAAAGAAAAAAGAUUCAAAAAAGGAUGGCAAGAGGAAAUUGACAACCGCUGACAUUGGUCUACCUUCGGACUUCAGACACCUCUCCGGUAUGAGAUGGAAUCCGGAUAUCAAAGGGAUCGACAUUUCUGAGUCACAGCUGGCGGAAUUCUUCAACAAAGUUGGUGUCUCGGAACAAGAACUGAGAAACAAGAAAACGAGAAAAUUCAUCUAUAAAUUCAUCGAGGAACACGGAGGAAUAUCUGCGAUUCAAAAUGAUAUUAUACCGACGACGAAUUCACAGAGUUCUCAUCAACCACCGCCUUUACCACCGGGACUCGAUACUCCGCCGCCCAUCCCGGCGAGAACGAUACCGCACCUUUCGGCCAGUCCUGGAUCUAAUAGCAUGCAGCCAAGAAGUGCACGACCAUUGCCGCCUUUACGAACGACCGUUCCACCGGCUCCGCCGAGUGCACCUCCCGUUCAUAGGUCACUUCCCUCGCGACCCCCGCCGCCCUUGAAUUCACCAGCGCCACAGUUGCCUCCUCCUCCCCCUCCACCUCCGCCUCCAGCGAGAGGAAGUUCGAGUACGAGUACGAGUACGAAUACCAAUACGAAUACGAGUCCGAGUACGAAUGUCCCUCCUCCGCCUCCGCCCCCGCUUCCGGACUUCAGUAAUAACGACAAUUUAACGAGUACCGAUUCACCCUUCAACAACAACGGCGAUACUAAUGACAUGAGACCGAAGCUUAUGGAAUCGAUCAGAAGUGGAACAACGCUCAGGAAAGUUAGCCAGUCCGAAGUGAAACCAAGUCCAGUGCCGGACUCGAGAAACGAUUUGCUCGAUCAGAUACGUCGUGGAAUCGAAUUGAAGCCAGUAACGACAAAAACGAAGUCGACUUCUUUGACGGAGCCUCAAGGCUUGGCGGGAGCACUUUCGAGAGCUCUUGCGGAAAGAUCGCGGGCUCUCGGGAACGACAGUCAAGAUUCGUCGAGCGGUACGAGUGAGGACGACGAUGAUUGGGAUGACUGAAAACAUUGAGGGCCCGGGAACCGAACUAGUGGCUGAGAAAAAGUACCGAACGGGAGAAAAGAAAAAAGAGGGGAUGAAAUUCGUGGCCAAAUUCGUAGCUUACAAGUAAAGGAUCAACUCAAUAACGUUGCUUUUUAUUUGAUUUCAUUAUUUUCUACAGUCAUAUUCAAGACUCUUCACAAUCGCUGUAUUUAUCCGCAGGAAAUGAGCUUCGAUUUUCUAUGACAACAUAACCGUGGGGUUUUUACCUUUGCUUGUAAGUCGGGCUAUAAUAACACUAUAGAAAAAAAAUGGAAUGAGUCGCGCUCAGACUAAAACAAAGAGAAUAAACAAAGCGUUGUGAAAUAAUGUAGUUAAAAUAUCCCGAGAAAAAAAAAGAAUUAAUAACAAUGAAUAAGUGAAACGAGAAUAGUGCAGUUGAGCAUAAGAUAAUGAGUCUAAUAAACACUACUUUUCUAUUGUAAGAAAUAAUGAAUUUCAUUAUUCUUCAGUUUUUUUCUUCUCACUCGCGAGACAGAUAUCAUUCGCAUUCUCCAACUCGCCGAGGUAUUUAUCAUCUUGAUAUCAUCAACAACAUAAACGAAGCGAUUAUUACAAACAAGCGCUUUUAUUAUUAACACGAUUGAAUUUAAGUUUCGAGAAAGAGACAAAUAUACGCCCAAUCUAUAGCUCAGAAUAAACAACCUAAAUAUAUUUCAAGUUAUGUAUUUAUAUUCGCAUACGCAUGCACACACACAUUGUAUAUACAUUUAUACAGGACCUUUCGUGGUUCAAUGGACACGAGUGUGAAUUAGAAUUCAGAACUGACGUGAUGUCGAAAAUUCUUGUAGCAGCGCUUUAUCAUCGAAAACCUCCAAGCUCCAAGUCCACUUUUAAGCCGGCUCUCAGCCUCUGGAGAUAGAAAAUUUUCGAAUGGCGUGGAUAUCUAAAAGGUUGAUUGGUAUCAAACUUUACCAGUCGAAAUUUCGUUCUGAGCUCGAGUCCACACUACUGACCAUUCAACGCGGUACUCCCUGUAUACCCAUAUAUAUAUAUAUAUAUAUAUAUAUAUACUUAUGAAAAAAAAUGAAAAAAUUCAGGUGUGGUGCGUGUUUGUUCAUAACUCGUGUUAAUAACAUAGUAACUACUGUUAAAAACUUUUACACUGAUAACGUUAUACACAUCACUAAAAAAAACAAACAAAUAAAAAAUAAGCUUAUACGAUAAAGUGUGAAAGGGAGAGACGGAAAUGAGAAAAGUUAUCAAGACGAUAGUAUAUAAAGUAAGAUAUAUGUAUAAACUUCACUAAGGAGAAAUCCUAGUCAAAGAUAAAAAGAAACGAAAAGAAUCAUUUUGUGGUUACUCGUUAAGGGUCGAUGUAUUUUAUUGCAUUUUAUAAUAUAUAUAUAUUCAUAUAUAUAUAUUAUAUUAUACGUACAGUUUUGAGUAGUUACUCCGGAGAUUUUCCAGCGUCUAACAGUGACCAACGAAGUGUCAGAUUAAUAUUCGAAUUCUCAUAGCACAAUCGAUCGCGAUUGGACAGCUGAUGAUAAUGUUAACGUUUUUUGUUUUUUAUUAAUUUUUUUGGCGAGCACUAAUUUCGAUAAUCAAAUAGCACGAUGAAAUUUUGAAGUUCAGAAAAUAAUUAGUGAAAACUGAGGAAAGAAAAUUUCGACUCUCACUGCAUUAUUACGAGGAUAACAUUUUUUUUUUUUUUUUCAAUUUUUCUACUUUUGUAUAUUUAUCAGCUCGUUUAGUUUUCAUUUUUAUUUUUUUAUAAAUGUUUCAUUCACGGACUAAUUUUCAGCAAGAUUAUCAGUUGAGAAAUAAUCUCGUUUUUUUUUCUUUCAUCUCUCGUAUUUAUGUGCAAUCAGUGCACGAGUCAUCUUCCAUAAACGUAUUUUAAGAGAAAUCGAAACUAGCGACGUUGUGAAUCGUUGAGAAACUUUAGAAUUCCCUCGUGGCCUCGUACUUGCUUAAUUUUCCAUGUUUUUCUUAUUAUUUUAAUAUCUUUCUCUCUGCAAGUGUACAAGUCACAGCUGAUAGCCAAUAUACGAGAAAAAACAAAGUGUAACACUUAAAAAUCCUAGAAAAAACAUGAGUCGAACUUAGUUCGAUGUAAAUCGUCCUGGUAGAGGAGACAUGAGAAUUACUUUUUUAUAACUGUGAAUGAAAAGAAAUGGAAGAAAAAGAAAAGGGUGAAGGUAAAAUAAGAUCCAAACGGAAAGCUCUCGUAGUUUUGCACACGAUUCCUAGCAGGACAACACAGUUAGGAUAAUUAACGAACAUUUAUAGUUUAAAGUUUGUGAUUAAUAUUGUUAUUUGUUAUAUAAUAGCUUAAUAAACAAAAUUCCAUUUACCAAGA